GACCGACCCCUUCGAGUCAGUCAGUCCGGCAUUGUCAGCGAGAGCGCCUGUCGUGCCGCAGCCGAGCGAAAUGAUCGCCUCUUUGACCGAGCGCCACCGAAAUUAAUUAAUUCCGCGUUUGCCGCCCGGGCUGCAUCGAUUGCCUUCCGGGGUGAAUAAUAAUAAUGUGACUGCUCCUCGUGUUUCUCUCUCUUUCUCUCUCUCUCGCUCUCUUUCUCUCUCGCCCGGUGAACUGACUGAGUGUGUGCGACUAUUUUUGUUCGCGUUUUAUAUGCGCGCAGCCGGUGCAUGUUCAACGCUCAAGUGGACGUGCUGCCGCCGUCGCGAUCGUCUCCACCCAAAUCCAGUCGCCCUACUCGCUUUUCCUCAUAGACGACAUUUUAAUUGAGCUGCUGAAAAUGGGGAGCUCAGGAAAGAAAAUCCACCCUUCAAACAUUCACAAGAUUCGCGAGUUUGAACUAGAAAAGGUGUCCUUGACGGAGGAUUACGACAUCCUGCAGGUCGUCGGUGAGGGAUGGUUCGCAAAGAUCCUGCUGGCCGAGCACCGCGCCUCCGGCACCGAAAUCGUGCUCAAAGCACUGCCCAAGGUGCUCAACACGUCAGCAGACUUCUUCAGAGAAUUCCACUACAGCAUUCACCUCAGCGUGCACAGGAACAUCAUCAACAGUGUUGAUGUCGCCUUUGAAACGCCCGGCUUUUACGUGUUCGCGCAGGAGCAUGCUCCACUUGGUGAUUUGGCAGCGAAUGUGUCCGAUAACGGUGGCAUCGGCGAGGCGCAGGCCAAAAGAGUUGGUCGCCAACUAGCUUCGGCGCUUGACUUCAUGCACUCCAGGGACUUGGUGCACCGUGACAUAAGACUGGACAACAUUCUCGUCUUCAGGUCUGACUUCGCCAGAGUUAAGAUCUGUGACUUUGGAGAAACCAGAAGAGCAGGUUCGGUGGUGUUGCGGCGGAAGAACAUAGAGUGGCUGCCGUACGCGCCUCCAGAGGUUCUGGUGACGGACGCCGAGUCGGCGUACAAGGCGGAGCCGUGCAACGACGUGUGGCAGUUCGGCGUGGUGCUGUUCGUGUGCCUGACCGGCUGCCUGCCGUGGCAGAAGGCGUCCAAGACGGACGACCCGCGCUUCUCGCGCUACGCGCAGUGGCACCAGAAGGCGUCAGCCAGCGGCCCCACCGGCCUGCUGGCCGCCGCGCUCGUCUCGCCGCGACGCAGGCCGAAGCUGUUCAAGCUGUUGACGUCAAGGGCGCAACGCAUGUUCCGCAAACUGCUCGAGCCCAAGUCCGAGAAGCGGACGCUGCUCACGUGCAACGCCACCCCCGGAGGACUCAGCGGAGAACUCGGCAAGUUCCUCGACGACAGGUGGCUUGUCAAGGUGUCAGAAAACGAGACAUCGACGGACAAGGAGAAGGCGGCGGAGCUGUGCCCUUCCAUGUACAGCUACCACAGCAGUCCCGAGGAGAAGAACAAGCUGCUGGCCACCCUGACUCAGUACGGCGUCGAGACGACGGUGGACCGCGGCGGCAAGAAGGACCGCAUCCGCCAGUGGGUCCAGAGCAGCUCCAUCCAGGAGGACGAAGAGGAGGAGGAGGAGGAGGCCGACGAUUUCGGCACCGAGGACUACCCUGAUGAGGACGAGGACGGCGAACCUUACGAGGGCAGAGAGCGCAGGCAGUCGUCGUCAGGCACGGCGGCCAGCAAGUAACUGUUCGCGAAAAGUGCAUGAGGAAAGGACCUUACAGGGUAGAACCUAAUUUUGACACACCACUCAACCACCCCUGCUGUUCCAGUGAUUUUCUUUAUAUGAUUUUCAGCGUUUUUAGUGAUUGUCAAACCUAUCUCGUGCUGACACAAAGAGUCAGUAAAAUUUUAGAUAAUAGGGAUGCACUGAUUCUGGUAUUCACAUCUCUAACGGAGGACGUUUACAUGUGAUGAGAUAUAGUCGCGUGUUGAAAGCUCAAGUGUUUUACGCGUACUUUAGUUUUUCAUGUGGGUAAAAAUAUCUUGAGCCAGAUGCCAGAUAAAUACACCUUUGUACAUUUGAUCUGAUUUUUUAAUUAAUAAAAAGAAUUUAAAAAUUCUUA